GCCUGGAUGACGACCGUAGACCAGCGCCAACUCCCCCAGACUGAAACCAACAUCACUGCUGCUCGCUGAGAUCAAGGAAGGGGGCUCAGUGGCAUGCUUGACUGUCUUUCGCCAUGCUUCUCCUCGACUACCAGAACGUUCUGAUCCAAUCCCUCCUAACGGAGCGGUUCUCCGGAGGGCCCCCAGUGUCGAUCGACCAGGUUGUCUCUGACUUUGACGGUGUUACCUUCCAUGUUUCGACUCCCGAAUCCAAGACCAAGAUCCUUAUCUCCAUUUCUGUGAAGUGUUUCCGAGAAUUGGUGCAGUAUGGUGCUCAGGCGGUGUUGGAGCGGGAGUACGGUCCCUAUAUCGUCACUCCGGAACCGGGAUAUGAUUUCUCGGUCCUGAUAGACCUCGAGAACCUUCCGGCUGAGGCUGAGGCGAAGGAGGAACUGAUCAUGCGUCUUGCUCUGCUGAAGCGGAACGCAAUGGCAGCUCCGUUCGAGCGCGCAUUUGAUGAAUUCGCCAAGCUGUCCGAAGAGGCCUCGAAAUACACAACGGAAGCUGCUCCGCAGGGUGUCAGGGAAGGUGGGGAGGUCAUGGCUAUCCAUUACCGAGAGGAGGAAGCUAUCUAUAUCAAGGCAAGCCACGAUCGGGUCACCGUGAUAUUCAGCACGGUCUUCCGUGAAGAGACGGACCGUAUCUUCGGAAAAGUGUUUUUGCAGGAAUUCGUCGAUGCUAGGCGUCGCGUCCUCACGCUACAGAAUGCGCCGCAGGUCCUCUUCCGCAGCGACCCCCCAUUGGAGUUGGAGGGUAUUCCAGGGCUGAAGCACGCGAACGAAGAUGAUAUUAGCUAUGUUACUUUUGUCCUUUUCCCUCGUCACUUGACCCCCCAGCGUCGCUAUGAGAACAUUUCUCACAUCCAAACCUUCCGUGACUAUUUCCAUUACCACAUUAAGGCUUCAAAGGCAUACAUCCACACCAGAAUGCGGAAGCGAACCGCUGAUUUCCUGCAAGUUCUCAACCGCGCACGACCCGAAAACGAGGAACGAGAGAGAAAGACGGCCAGUGGUCGUACAUUCAGAGUCCAGGCUUAGAGCGGAUCCAUAUCAUCCUGUUUAUAUUCGCAACUUGAGAGACACGGGCGCCAUUUUCCUUAGAAUCCAAUGCGGAGAGGCCUUUAAGAUGCAGCGUCUCACAUUGCCAACAUGUAACUGAAAACUUUCUUUGUUCGUUCUGAGAGCGCGAGAGGACAUGAAGUGUACCGUCGACACUCCGGUGCAGCAUGGUUGAAACUGCUGGCUUUCUUCUCUAUUAGCCUUUCGCCGAUAUGAUAACCUGUGGUCGGGCCGCUCGCAUGAAUUCGAAGUCGUUUUGUCUCUAUAGCCGCUGGCAGGCAGGCAAUGGUUACGUCGCAUCAGGGCUUGAGGAAUAAUGGAUGUGCGAUUCGCUCUCAGUGCUAGGUAGAUCAUCGACUUGAAAAUGAUAAAUAAUACUUCAUAGCUAUAGUGAUACAAUGAGAUGCAACUGUGCGUCAAAGUCCGGGGUACCCCAAAGCGAUAUUGGGCAAGUUAUGCUUAGAUCAAGG